AUGUUCUCAAACACAUUGUUCACCAUAGUCUUGCUGGCUCUAUGCGCACAUGACUCGCCCGAGCUGUUAUUCGCGACACUGCCCACACGGCUCGACAUCACGGCCACUGUUAGCCUUUCCGACAUCAGCAGGUUUGGAAGCACAGACUCUCAAGUGUACAGCCUAUACCAGCAGCAGAGGGCAGAAGGUGUUCGGACUGCACGUCUUGCACACCAUCCGCAAUUUUCCGCCGAGAAUAGAUGGCCCGAAGGGACAUACGAGGACGGAGGAGCCUCCAGUCCCGUCGCUUGA